AUGGCCGCGCCAUCGGAGGACACGCUGCGGCGCGCGCUCGCGGAGCGCCAGGCCGCCGCGGACGCGCAGGCCGAGGCCGUGCGCGCGCUCAAGGCCGCCGGCGGCGCGUCCAAGGCCGACGUGGACGCCGCGGUCGAGGCUCUCAAGGCGCUCAAGGUCGAGGCCGGCGCCGCCGCGCGCCGGCUGCAGCAGGCGCUCGGGGCGGGCGCGGGUGGCGCCGCGAGGGAGGAGCUGAGGCAGGCGGUGGUGAACACGCUGGAGCGGAAGCUGUUCUACAUACCCUCCUUCAAGAUCUACCGCGGUGUCGCGGGGCUCUACGACUACGGGCCGCCCGGGUGCCGCGUCAAGGCCAACGUGCUUUCCUUCUGGCGCCAGCACUUCGUUUUGGAAGAGAACAUGUUGGAGGUUGACUGCCCCUGUGUGACGCCUGAGGUUGUCUUGAAGGCAUCAGGCCAUGUUGAGAAGUUUACUGACCUCAUGGUCAAAGAUGAGAAGACAGGCACAUGCUACCGUGCUGACCACUUGUUGAAAGAUUUUUGCAAGGAGAAGCUCGAGAAAGACCUUGCCUUGCCCCAAGAGAAGGCUGAUGAAUUUAAGCGUGUUCUUGCCAUUUUGGAUGACUUAUCAGCAGAGGAACUUGGUGCAAAGAUUAAGGAAUACAGCAUUGUUGCCCCUGAUACAAAGAAUCCGCUUUCUGAUCCCUACCCAUUCAAUCUUAUGUUCCAGACAUCUAUUGGCCCCACUGGUCUUAGUGUGGGGUAUAUGCGACCAGAGACUGCACAGGGUAUUUUUGUAAACUUCAAGGACCUGUACUAUUACAAUGGCCAAAAGCUCCCCUUUGCCGCUGCUCAAAUUGGGCAAGCUUUUAGAAAUGAGAUCUCGCCACGGCAAGGUCUUCUCCGAGUGCGUGAAUUCACAUUGGCAGAGAUUGAGCAUUUUGUGGACCCAGAGGACAAAUCACAUCCAAAAUUUGUUGAUGUUGCUGAUUUGGAGUUCCUGAUGUUUCCAAGAGAGCUGCAACUCUCUGGGGAGUCAGCCAAGCUAAUGAAGCUUGGGGAAGCAGUUUCAAAGGGAACUGUUAAUAAUGAGACACUUGGUUACUUCAUUGGAAGGGUCUAUCUUUUCCUGACAUGCUUGGGAAUUGAUAAGGGUCGGUUGCGCUUCAGGCAGCAUCUACCUAAUGAGAUGGCUCAUUAUGCUGCUGACUGUUGGGAUGCUGAGAUAGAGAGCUCUUAUGGGUGGAUAGAGUGCGUGGGUAUUGCUGAUAGAUCUGCAUAUGAUUUGAAAGCUCACACGGAGAAAAGUGGUGUCCCACUUGUUGCUCAUGAAAAAUUCUCCAAGCCUAGAAAGGUUGAGAAACUUGUCAUAGUUCCCUCAAAGAAAGACCUGGGGCUGGCUUUUAAGGGCAACCAAAAGAUGGUCCUUGAAGCAUUGGAGGCUAUGAGUGAGAAGGAAGCAUUUGAGAUGAAAGCUGAACUAGAAACCAAGGGGGAGACAAAUUUUAAAGUCUGCACACUUGGAAAAGAUGUGGUGAUUACAAAGAAGAUGGUAUCAAUCAGCAUGGAGAAGAAGCUGGAACAUCAGAGAGUCUUCACCCCUUCGGUCAUCGAGCCGUCAUUUGGCAUAGGCCGUAUCAUCUACUGCUUGUUUGAGCAUUCGUUUUACACAAGGCCUAGCAAAUCAGAAGAGGAACAACUGAAUGUCUUCCGGUUCCCUCCUCUUGUGGCUCCCAUCAAGUGCACCGUGUUCCCCCUCGUUAAGAAUCAAGAGUUUGAUGCUGCUGCCAAAGUUAUCGCUAAGGCAUUAACAACUGCUGGUAUCUCCCACAUUAUUGACACUACUGCAAUUUCUAUUGGGAGGAGGUACGCGAGGACAGAUGAGAUUGGUGUUCCAUUUGCUGUAACAGUGGAUUCGGCAACAAACGUGACGAUCCGAGAGAGGGACAGCAAGGAGCAGAUCCGUGUGGACAUCAACGAGGUGGCAUCCGUGGUGAAGCAGCUGACAGAAGGCCAAAGCACCUGGGCAGAUGUUUCUGCAAAGUAUCCUGCCCAUGUUGGUCCCCAAGGUGACCAGGAGUGA